GAGCAGACGGACAUACUGCGUGAUAGCUGCUACUUAUCCAUCAAAUUUACGAGGAAAGAGACAUCAAACAAUCUUGGAUCCACUUCCAAACAAAAAUAUAGGGAAGGUGGCACUCCUGACGGUGUAGAAGACAUUCUUGCAUGCCUAGUUAAUGUUCGCACCAACACCACAAAACCAAAACAAUAACAUCAGCUGGCCUUGUUCUUCAAACAUAGUGGUGAUAUAAAAACGAUAAAUCUCGAUAACUUUGGAAAAAAUAUCGAUUACGAAAAAAGCGAGUUGCCAACCACAGCAAAUUUCCGUUAAAAUAUUUCUGGUUUCAACUUUGAAGAUGCAACGUACUCCUCCAGCUAACUCCACUGCUACCCAGCAAACAAUUAAUGUUCAAUCUGCGAAACGAAACAGAAACGAAUUAUCCCCAAAUAUUGAAACAGAAAGGGCAGUAACUCCGACUGGUCUUUCACAAAUCGAACUCAUAGAGCUUAUUAGCAGCACAAUCAAUUCAAAUUUGGAUGAAAAGCUAAAAACUUUGUCCACAAAAGAAGACAUAGAAGAAGUCAAAGUAGAAAUCAACUCUAUAAGUUCGGAAAUAAACCAAUUGAGAACUGAAAAUCAGAAAUUAAAAGAGGAACUUAGAUAUGUACGACGAGAAUGCGAAGAAAACAAGAAGGACUUAAUGUGGAUGCACGAACAUAUCAAAAGCAACAAGAUUUUUAUCAGAGGGCUAAAUAGUUCAAGUGAACCUGUAAAUGAGGUGAACAACAUAUUAACCAAUAAAUUAGAACUCAAAGUGAUGGCUAGAUCCGUUCGGAAGAUACACGAAAGAAAUGGUAGAAUGACUGUUGUGACAGAGUUCACAUCAAGCCAAGAAUCUGAGGAUGUCAUUCGAAAUGGUAGAAAGUUAGCUGGUUCGAACAUAUAUAUAGAGCGUGAUCUCAUCCCUUCGAAGCAACAGUUGAAAAAGAUCUCUCUAUGUCUGAAGUCAAAAAUAAUGAAAAUAUCUAAGGAGUAG